UGUACGUCAGCAAACGUGCAAUGUUUAUAAUUUUCUAACGUGGUUUGUGGAUGAGGAAACAGACAACUCAACAUCUUAAUUUGCCGUUUUUGAUUACUAAUAAUGCAACUUGUCAUUUAAGCUUCAGUUUCCUAACACGCUUACCGCUGUUUAAUUCCAAUUUCUAGUCAUAGAAACUAGCUAACUAACGUUAUGGACGACAUCGACUGGGGAUUGGCGCUUGAGGAGGACAUGGCGCGGUAAAUCCGGUGAUUUAUCUUGGGGGCUGUUGUUUGUUAUGAGGGGUGGGUGAUGACACGCUGUUAUAUCAGCUGAAUACGCCUACCUAACGAAAUAUUUACCCUAGCUAAAUUUUUUCUUUGUUCCCCCAGCGAAACCGCUGCCACGGGAAACCCUGAGCAGCAAUACAACCCAUGGUCCAACCAGUCCAACCCCUGGUCAGAUCCAGGCUGCACCUCGGGAUCUAUAGGGGAGCUGGACAAGUUGGCCUCAGGGGAUGGACACCAUGUCACUCACUCUGAGGAGAAAGGCUUCCAGGUAGAAUUAGUUUAUAUAGGACAGUAGUAGCCUACAGCUGUAAUUUCCCAAAGAGAAUUGUGGGCAUGUGACAGAAAGUAAUCAUAAGUGUUGGGUCUCUUGCAGACAGAUGCCUGGACAGCAGACAAAGAUGUUAACACAGAUCAGGAUUGGGAGUCACUGAUGGUAAUGUGUUCACUCUGGGGGCAUGACUGGGGCAUGGGGAGUCACUGUGGUAACUUAAACACAACAUAUAUAUCUGUACAUGUUCAUGACACAAGUUGACAACCUCUCUGUCAUUCUUAUUCUGUGGUUACAUUAUCCCCUCCCUCUCUUUCUCCUAUUUACCCCCCUUCCCUUCCUAUUUUCCUCCCCUCUCUGUCUCUUCUAUUCUUUCUUUCUUUCUUUAGCGGUCAGUGGAUGAGUACAGCACUCACCUGGCCCUGCACUAUGAGGAGCUGAUGAAGCAGCAGCAGGAGGAGGAGGCUGAUCAUGGCAACCUCGUAGACAGCCUGGUUCAGAAGAAAGAUGAGGGGAUCCACCAGCAGCAGGUCUGUGUUCAAACACACAUCUCUGCUGUAUGCUACAUAUAGGCCUACUUGUGUCUUUUCAUCAGCUUGAGCUGUUGUACAUCUUUGGACUUAUUAACUGCGAGUGACUAUAUAAAUAUUUUCAGGCGCUGCUGGACAAAAUUGAGUCUCUGCGUGUGAAGCUACAGCUGAACUGCUGCAAGACCACCCGCAAGAACUUUGCAGUCAAGAAGCAAGACCUCAGCGCAGAAAAAAUCAAAAUGGAGGAGGAGAGGAACAGGUAAAGAAGAGAUGGUGAGAGGAAGGUGGAAAAAGAGAAAUUGUGGAAAACCCUUUGAGGUGUGGGACAGAUGGUAGGCUAGGUGGUGGCCACCUCAACAGAACUGUGACAUGAUGUCCUGUUAGUCAGCCAUUUUCCUCUGUCUGUCCUUCUACCAGACUGUCUCAGGAGCUGAAGGAGACCACCAGGAAGCUGGCAUUGCUGAUAGAGGAACAGAACCAGGAAAAGUAAGAUUACUGAGCCACACUCCUACCCCUACACUUCAUAUAACCUAACCAGAGACAACACAUCACAUACAGUGUCAUGCUACACAACACACCUUGUCCACAAUAUAAUGCUAUACAACACACCUACUGUGCUCAUCUAUAGGCUGAUGUGGGAGAGGGAGCUAGCAGACCUGAACACUGAGAUGGAGCGGCUACAGAAAGAGUCAGAUGAGGCCACUCAGACAGCUCUACGGGAUGAGGUCAGUCUGUCUGUCCAUAUUUAUCAUCAGUCAACCAUCACAACCCUAUGACGCUGAGCGUUCACUCUGAUUCACCUAUCCACAUUUCUCCAUGGAGUUUGAUUUGAAGACAAUCAGGGAUUAACCCUGAUUUGUAUUCUGAUUUAUGUUCAACAGAUUGCAGCUCUGGAAAUGCAGAGAGAUGUGACCAUGGCUGAGGUGGAUGACUGGCUGAAAGAGGCUGACCAAUACAUAAACACACUUAGGUACUGUACUGAGCAUGACCCUAUGACUGAAGCUGGAUGUAGCCUACAUAUUGUAGCUUCUUCCAUAAAGGCUGUGCUUCAGUGAUUGGUUGUGUGUCCUCUGUCUGCAGAUUUGACCUCUCCCAGCAGCACAUGCACCAGAGGCUGGAGUGGGAGAAUAAUGUGGCUGUUGUUCACAGCAGUUUGGCGGGACUGCAGGUGAGGAACAAGAGGGAUGGUAGACCACUGCCUCUCAUUGGAUAAAUGGAGACUAGGGGGGACUUUAUUAUUGACUCUCUCUCUCUCUCUCUCUCUCACUCUCACUCUCACACUCACACAGAAUCAGUUCAAGGAGAACCUUCACCUGCUGCAAAAGGGACAACCGAUGGAAAGCCUCCCUGGAGUCACAUUACCACACUUACCCCAAGUCCCCACGGUGUGUGUGUGAUACAUACACUACCAGUCAAAAGUUUGGACACACCUACUCAUUCAAGGGUUUUUCUUUAUUUUUACUAUUUUUUACAUUGUAGAAUAAUAGUGAAGACAUCAAAACUAUGAAAUAACACAUAUGGAAUCAUGUAGUAAAUGAAAAAGUGAUAAACAAAUCAAAAUAUAUUUUACAUUUGAGAUUCUUCAAAUUGCCACCCUUUGCCUUGAUGAUAGCUUUGCACACUCUUGGCAUUCUCUCAACCAGCAAUCACCUGGAAUCAGUCUUGAAGGAGUUCCCACCUAUGCUGAGCACUUGUUGGCUGCUUUUCCUUCACUCUGCUGUCCGACUCAUCCCAAACCAUCUCAAUUGGGUUGAGGUCGUGGGAUUGUGGCGGUUGGACUCCAGACCAAAGGACACAUUUCCACCGGUCUAAUGUCCAUUGCUCGUGUUUCUUGGCCAGGGGUCUUGUUAUUGGUGUACUUUAGUAGUGGUUUAUUUGCAGCAAUUCGACCAUGAAGGCCCGAUUCACACAGUCCUCUCUGAACAGUUGAUGUUGAGAUGUGUCUGUUACUUGAACUCUGUGAAGCAUUUAUUUGGGCUGCAGUUUCUGAGGCUGGUAACUCUAAUGAACUUAUCCUCUGCAACAGAGGUAAUUCUGGGUCUUCCAUUCCAGGUGAAUACCUCAUGAAGCUGGUUGAGAGAAUGCCAAGAGUGUGCAAAGCCGUCAUCAAGGCAAAGGGUGGCUACUUUGAAGAAUCUCCAAUAUAAAAUAUACUUUGAUUUGUUUAACACUUUUUUGGUUGUGUUAUUUCAUAGUUUUUAUGUCUUCACUAUUAUUCUACAAUGUAGAAAAUAGUUAAAAUAAAGGAAAACCCUUGAAUGAGUAGGUGUGUCCAAACUUUUGACUGGUAGUGUAUAUGUGUAGUUGAUUCUGACAAAGACAGUCCAUGCCAGUAAUUCAUGUGAAUACUGUAUCUGUUGUUAACGGAACCAUUUCUCUGCAGGUGGACUUGAUGAUGAGUCAGAUGAUGUACGCUCCACCCUGCCCCCCUUUUCAACAUUUUCAGAUGGGCCCUCCUAACGCUGUGGGGAUGCCCUUCCAACCCCAGCAGCACCACCCGGCUGCUUUCACAGCCCCAGCCAGAUUAACCCCCCCACCUGUCCCCUCCUCUACUCCCCCUACCUCCGCUCUACCCCUCCACCCAGCCGCCCCACCUGUUUCCCUGCCCACCACUAUGGCCUCCGCCCAGCCCCUGCCCUUCAGUAACCCCCCUGCCGCUGGCAAACUGGACAACCUACUGAAGAGACUGGGGGACAUAUUUCCACAGUGCAACAGGUGAGCUCAAAGUCUGUCACUUACUCUGAAUUUAGUAAUUCAGUAAAAGAUCUUGCAGACUAUAAUCAAUAAAUAUUGAUUCUAGUCUCAUUCUUUCUGUUUCUCUCUCUCUCUCUCUCUAGAACUCAACUCAUGUCAGUGCUGCAGCAGAUUAAGAAUUCUCGUGGCACCAUGGCUGGCAUGUCUAUGGACGAGGUCACACAGCAGGUGGCACAUAGACUGGCACAGAGCGAGAAACCGGUAAAAAAAUCACACAAACUCAUACUGAGACACAUACACACUAAGGGUACACACACACACCAACACAGUCUAAACCUUAACCUAACCUUUAUCCUCCACAGGCUCCAGGGCCUAUUAGGCCUCUUUCUGCUGCCAGGGGCGUUCCUGGCCCUCCAGGCCCAAUCCAGAGGCCUCCUGGCCCCAUCCAGAGACCCACAAAUCUCGCUCAGAGACCUGCAGUAACUCAAGUCUUCCAGACAAGGCCCCCACAGGUACAAACCACUACCAACCCGCAGAGGGCACAAUUGAGAAUUUUAGGCUUGGGUGACGAUGUGCUGAUGUGCUGCUUCUCUCUCUCUCCAGCCUGUGGCUCCCAUUAAUCGUAAGCUGUGCUUGAUGUGCCAGAACCACGUGGAAGCAGACAGCCAGCACUCCAUGAGCUGCGCCCACACUGUACAUAAGGAUGUAAGUCCUACACUGAAUUAAAAAACGCAUAGAUUACUGAAAACUGUAUGGCUCAGUUAGUAAAGCAUAGCGCUUACAAUGCCAGGACUGUGGGUUCAAUUCUCGGGGCCACCCAUACGUAAAAUGUAUGCACGCAUGACUAAGUCGCUUUGGAUAAUAGCAUCUGCUAAAUGGACAUCAAAAGAUGAUACUUACAUUGCUAUAACCCUGACUAUGCUUAAACUAGUUAGGCACUGUUAGCUGAUGUAAAGCUGAUGAUUUGCUCCUCUGUGUUUCAGUGCAUCAGUGUAUGGCUGCAGUCCAGCAAGAACAACACCUGCCCCUUCUGCCCAGCCAAGUGA